UGUGGCCAAACAACACCAAAGAAUAAUUCACGAAACCGGUGGACUUCCUGAAAGUCAGCGACAAAGAUCUCAUUUCUUUGUAGAUGUAAAACCACCUUGCUUUCAAGGUGACUCAUCACAUCGUUCCGCGUCUUUGCCAAACGUUUACUUUGGUCUAGGAAGAACAACAAAGUGUCCUUGGCAUUACAACUACCACGUGCAGGAACUCUGUCUCAAUACUUCCGGUGGUAACACUUCCGGUCUCAGUAACUCCGGUUUGUGUCAUUUUGAUAAGACGGUUGAAGUAAAGCACAUUAAACACAAACAUAAACAUUCAGCCAAACCAAAAAUCCACGCCUAUAGGUAUAAAUGUAAAAUGAACACACCACUUCCUGGUCUUGCUGAUACAAACAACGUGAAUGAUUCUCUUUCCACGCGUCGGUGCGACCCUACUGGAACUCACAGACAAGAUGGCCGCGAACGUUGUCAUGACGAUGAGAAUCAUGCCGCGCUCAACCAUUCCAGAAACAACAGACAUACAAGGAUUCAGAUCAGCCAUUUUGUCUCCCCACAGAGUCAGCACAGACAAGUAUCCGAGGUUGUGGAGCCCGUGACCAUGAAUAUGAGACUUCACAUUCCCAACCCCUACAACAAGCUGAACCACAGGUUUCACAGUACCCUCCAUUGCCCAUGCUUCAUCUUCUUCUGCUUCCUGUGCUGCUACCCAGCCGUGUUCCUCAUGCAGAGGUCAGACAUACAGUUCAUUUCCGAUCAGCAAGAUCUCGCGAGACAGAACGCGAAGAGGUCCACUGUUUUGUACAUUAUUGGCGGUGUGACUUCCGUGAUAUUUCUGUCAACGGUUCUGUUUGUGAUGUAUUUCUUCCUUGGAGACAAGCUGAUCAAAACCUCGGACUCAUAAUGUGACUGAAACCAAACUCAUUAACUCACUUAUUCAUCGACACGUUCUCCCACUUUCUCUCGUAGUGGUUCGACUGAACUACUGUUGGAUGGAUGGAUGGAUGGAUGGAUGGAUGGGUUGGAUGGAUGGGUUGGAUGAAGCCAGGAGCCCCUUCCAGAAAGCGAUCUUAGCGCUGAGAUGGUCAUAACUCCCACUCUUUCACGGUGUAGGUACUCUUAGUGCUAACAUCGCUGUGUGCGACUGGACCUGGAGCUAUCGUUAUAUAAACAUGUUUGUGUUGUAACAUAGAAAUGUAUCCGUCUCAAAUUUGCAUAAAAUGAUCAAAAUAUCA